GUGUUAGUCCCAGUCCCACACUCCACCACAGCAGUCAGCUAGGUUCUCUGUUUCAUGGCGGACAAGCUAGCUCUCCCUCUCCUCCUCCCAACUCCCCCACCCCCAAAACCCUUCUUCCAAGACCACCACCACCAGAAACCCACCAUUACUCCACCACCACCACCACCUCCUCCUUCUCCCCUGAAUCCUCUCCUCCAAGACCUCCUUCCUCAUCACCAAAAUUCUAACAAAAACUCCCCACAAACCCAAAACCCCCAAUCUCCCACCCAUAGAACUCGGCGCCGCAUCGGCAAAAACGGAGACCCUAACAAAGGCAAGCCAUGGUCUCACCACCACCUCUCCCCCCAAGGUCAGCGAAUUCUUCAAACCCUAAUCGACCCAGGUUUCGAUAUAUCUGAAAUCGACGAUACUCUGCUCAAAUUAUUCAAUUCAGAACGAAUUGAAGAUUCAGAAUUGUGUGCACUCGAGUCUGUGUCUUUGGAUGUUUUGGGUUUAAUUAAGGGUUUAGGGUACCACAGGAAAUGUGAAUUGGCCAUGACUGUGUUCGAUUGGGUUCGGCACCGUAACGAUUGGGAAGUAGUAUUAAAUGGGUCAGCUGUUGCUGUGAUUGUGACUCUUCUUGGCAAAGAGGGUCGGGUUUCGGCCGCGGCUUCUUUGGUCCAUAAUUUACACAAUGAUGGUUUUGCUCUUGAUGUUUAUGCUUAUACUUCUUUGAUAACUGCUUGUUCUAAAAAUGGGAGGUAUAGAGAAGCUGUUAUGGUGUUCAAGAAAAUGGAGGAAGAGGGUUGUAAACCUACAUUGAUCACUUACAAUGUGAUUUUAAAUGUUUAUGGGAAAAUGGGUAUGCCGUGGAAUAAAAUUAUCGCGGUUUUUGAGGGGAUGAAUAGUUCUGGGGUUGCCCCUGAUGCAUAUACUUAUAAUACUCUUAUAACUUGUUGUCGACGCGGGUCAUUGUAUGAAGAAGCUAAUGGGAUUUUUAAGGAGAUGAAGGUAGCAGGGUUUGCCCCUGACAAGGUUACUUAUAAUGCCUUAUUGGAUGUGUAUGGGAAGUCUAGGCGGCCUAAGGAAGCCGUGGAGGUUUUGCGAGAGAUGGAGGCUAAUGGGUUUUCCCCUAGCAUUGUAACUUACAAUUCCUUGAUAUCGGCUUGUGCUAGGGAUGGUCUAUUGGAUGAAGCUAUGGAGCUUAAAAACCAAAUGGUGGGUAAAGGCAUUAAACCAGAUGUAUUUACUUAUACAACACUCCUGUCAGGAUUCGAGAAGGCUGGGAAGGAUGAGUCUGCAAUGAGGGUUUUUGAGGAGAUGAGAAAUGUGGGUUGUAAACCAAAUAUCUGUACCUUUAAUGCUCUUAUUAAGAUGCAUGGUAACAGAGGAAAAUUUACCAAAAUGAUGAAGAUUUUUGAGGAUGUCAAGGCGUGUGGAUGUGUCCCGGAUAUUGUUACAUGGAAUACGUUACUUGCAGUGUUUGGGCAGAACGGGAUGGACACAGAAAUGUCAGGUGUGUUCAGGGAGCUGAAGAGAGCAGGGUUUGUAGCUGAGAGGGAUACUUUUAACACGUUAAUCAGUGCUUACAGUCGAUGUGGAUCUUUUGACCAAGCCAUGGCUGUUUACAAGAGAAUGUUGGAUGCCGGAGUCACUCCUGACCUUUCCACCUAUAAUGCUGUUUUAGCUGCAUUGGCACGGGGAGGGCUAUGGGAACAGUCUGAGAAAGUACUUGCUGAGAUGAAAGAUGGUCGGUGCAAACCCAAUGAGCUAACGUAUAGUUCUUUGCUACAUGCUUAUGCCAAUGGGAAAGCAAUUGAACGGAUGCAAGCUCUUGCAGAAGAAAUAUACUCUGGUGCAAUAGAACCCCAUGCUGUGCUAUUGAAGACCCUUGUUCUAGUUAAUAGCAAGAGUGGCCUUUUAAUGGAAACAGAGCGGGCUUUCAUGGAGUUGAGAUUAAGAGGUUCUUGUCUUGACAUAACUACUCUGAAUGCUAUGGUUUCCAUUUAUGGUCGGAGGCAGAUGAUUGCCAAAGCCAACGAGAUAAUGAACUUCAUGAGGGAAAAUGGAUUUACUCCUACCUUGACCACUUACAAUAGUUUGAUGUAUAUGUACAGCCGAUCUGAGAAUUAUAAGAAAUCUGAAGAGAUAUUGGGUAAUUUAUUAGCAAAAGGAAUCAAGCCUGAUGUAAUUUCAUAUAACACUCUGAUUUUUGCAUAUUGCCGAAAUGGUCAGAUGAGAGAAGCAUCACGGGUAUUCACGGAAAUGAUUGAAUCUGGUCUUAUUCCAGAUGUGAUCACCUAUAAUACAUUUGUUGGAAAUUACGCUGCUCGUGCUAUGUUUGUGGAGGCCAUUGAUGUGGUUCGAUACAUGAUCAAACAUGGCUGUAAACCGAACCAUAGCACGUACAACUCCAUUGUCGAUUGGUAUUGUAAGCUUGAUCGCCGUGAUGAGGCAAUCAUGUUUGUCAAUAACCUUCACAAGCUCGAUCCACAUGUUUCUAAGGACGAAGUAUCCAGAUUGUCAGAACGUUUAUCAAAGAAAUAACUAUAGAAGAUCCUCUUCUAAAUGGGAUUACAUCCCAGUUGGCAUGCUCUCUAGCCUCUGAAGCCUCUGAAACUUGUAGGCAUCCUCUUCUUUCAGCGAACUUCCUCUGCCCGUGUCACAUGUUAUUCUGGCUUGAUGAUGGGAGGAAUUUGAUAUACUUGUACAUUAUUGAGAAUUUUGUAGCAGCCGAUUCAAGGGUCAUGAGCUAUUUGCUUGUGCAAUUGUAUUCUUGUACAUCUGGUGAUGCCCUGUGUAGCUCAUAUAAGUAGUGAUCGAGAAGUUGAAUCACAUUAAGGUAUAUACAAUAAGCUGUUCUCCUUCAUAGCAGUCACAUAAGAAACUGAUUUGUGUAACAGGGAGAUGGUAUCUGUCAUAUUAUAGCAUAAUAGUAUUAGUGUGUUUGGUUUGA